UCUGCACGCUAUCUCAGAUCUUCGAAUACACAACAUCACAGCCAUAAAUACCUCAAUAUGUAAAUAUCAAUAUUGACCACACUGCUAUGGAGUGACCAGUUUACCUACAAAUAUAUAUAGUGAUGUGCACAGACAACAGUACGACAAAAUGUACUAAUGGUAUAUAUACCUACAUUUCUGUAGCUGUCAUUAAAACUCCAGCAAAUAAACAUGUCGGCCGAGCUUCCAUUGGUGACGUCAUCAGAAAAUGCGGGAGACUAUUGCCAGUGUGAACGUCACACGAAGCGUCUGGAAUAUUUGUGCGACACACAUGGGUAUCACGUCUGCGCGGAUUGUGCGGUAUUCGACCACAGAGAUUGUACAAUUGUUUCAAUAAAGACGACAAGUGAGCAUGAGAAAUUAUCGAAGUACAUUUCUCCAGUUCUGAUAAUGGCCUCGCAUCAUAUCCGCGACGUGAAUCCUAAACUCGGGAGAUUGUUACAAAGUCGGGACGUAGUGUCACUCACACUGGACAGCCAUUACCAGAAACUAAGAGAUGCUAUUGACGCGGCUGAAAGUGAACAAUAUGCCCAGCUUGAUUUUCUUUUCGGUAUAGAAGAGACCCGUCUCCUUGCCUGGAAGGACGAAUGUCAACAAUUGAUAGACAAAGCAAAAAGCCGACUGGAGAGUGUCAAGAAAGGAACGACUACUUCUGUUAACAAAGUAACUAAAGAAGUAGAAACUAUUAAGACACAACUAGAAGAUACUCUCCAAGGAAAUGACACAAAUGUGUCAUUUACGUUCGUGGGGGACACAGACUUUGACCAGAAAGUGGACACGUGCUCGCUGUUACCAGGCAAAAUUGUGGUAAAACAUGAGCCGAUGGUCUCUUGUGUGCAAGCAACAGGACUGAGCGGAAAAGACUGGACUGGAAUCGACCCGGAGUCGCCUGCUAUUCUGUCUGAAAGUGAAUCCGAAAGUUUCGUGGAAAUUCCUUUAGAUGGAACAACGUCGAAUGUAUCAACUGUUGAAAAUCAAGUAAAUGUCAUAUCGGAAGAGUCAGCUCGUGCAGAAAGGCGAGGAUCAACCCUUGAUCAAGUAACACAAGAAAUCAAAGGUGCUGAAAGUUCCAGACCCCUCUUCUCUAUCUUUGUCUAUCCGUGGACGAUCAAUGUCGUUACUGCACGUGGGGUACUCUCUGACGUUGAAGAGUUCGAUUAAUGCCCGGAUGCCCGGAGACAAAUCCCCAAGUUGGCUGACAGGUGCGACAUUUCUUGUGAACAACAGCAUAGCAGUAGCGGACAAAAAGAACAAAAAGGUUAAACUCUUUUCUAGCGCUCUUCACUGCAUCGCAGAAACUGUAAUACCGUCACAACCUUUCGACAUCGCUCAAACGGGAGACUUCAACUUGGUAGUGACCGUGCCAAGGAAUAAGCGGGCGCUUUUCUUCAGUUCUGAGGAUCUGAAGACGUGUCCACUGUUUAUAGACACAGAACAAACAUGUCUUGGCGUGUCCUGUUCGAAAGAGUUAAUCGCCAUCGUAUGCGAGUCGUCUUGGACGAAAUACAUCACCAUCAAACUAUACGAUAAUUCUGGAUCUUUGUAUCGUAAAAUCUCAAAGAUCGACGGCAAUCGGGAACUGGCAUUUUCUUCAGACUACAUUUCUGUUGUCCCUGUUUCUGGUAACAUGGCUUUCAGAAAUGGCGUCAAUCUAUUUUACACAACAUCUGAGGGCGAUCUUCUAUGGAAGUCAAUUAUUCCAAACCAGCUGAUGGCCAACAGUAUCCGUGGCGUCUCGACAUUAAAUGGUGGCGUUCUUGUCGUGUUUGAUGUGUCUGUGUAUUACGUAACUUCCGAUGGCCAAAAGUGGAAGUUGGUGACGUCAUUUAGCAGGCAGAACAGCCCAUGCGCAAUGAGUGUAAGCAGAAGCAAAAGCAGUGUGCUAAUCACCCAUGCAGACCCCAUCCGGAAUCGCCCUGAAAACAACGUCGUGGACAUCUUCACACUCUCCCAAACAUUUCGAAUGAGUAAACAGUUGGUCACGGGUUACCGAACAUUGCAUUUUAAUCAGACACUAGGAAAAAUUGUAACAUGCUUGAUUGAACAGCAAGCUGUGGGUUACCGAACACAUACCAUUACAUUUACGUUUUAGUCGUGCAAAAGGAAAGUUUGUCACAUAAGCGCGCCAUGGGUGUUUUUUACGUUAUGAUUGUUAAAGAAAAAUUCAAUGCUGUCGUUUUCGACCUUUGAAAAAGGAAUUUUUAAUUCAGUACCAUGAAAUUUUAACACCGUCGCUUUCGAUCUUUGAAUAUUGCAUUAUUAAUCGUUCACAAGGAAAAUUCAAUUUUGUCUCUUUUUAUGUUACCUUUUGAAUUACCUUUGCAUCGCAACCACGCGUUUUAAUUACCAGAUUAUGUUUUAAACGAUUGCUACACAGCAAAUCUGUCCUAGUCGAGAGAUGAUUUAAAAUUAGUAUCCACAAUAAAUAUAAGGGCUGUCACUGUCAGCGGAUAUUUAAGAACAUUACAUACUUUUUAGCUUGUAUAUUUGAAAUGUAUAAAUUUUGUUUUCAAAAUAUGUUUUCAUAUUUUAGAUUUCAAAAUUUGACUUUUGCAAAUUGUAAAUAUGAAGUUCAAGUGUAAUAUCUUGAUAUCAUUAAGAUUUUUUCUGGACAACUGAA